GAUGCGGGCGGCGGCGGGGGUCGUGUCGGUAGCCCUGGUCCUGGCGACCGCCUGUCUGCGGGGCGCCCUGAUGCAGUCCGAGCCAAGGCGGCCCUUCUUCGAGCGGCUCCGGCGCCUGGAAGCCCAGUUCCGACAGUUUCAGGAGUUCACCCUGACGCGCCUUCAGGAGACAGAAGAGAACUACAAUCUUUCUCACAACCUCCACACCAAGAUGGACCAAUUGCUGCAGAAGCAUGAGAGCCUGCAGCUGGUGGCCAACGGGUCCCGGGCUUCCACCCAGGAGGAGCUGCAUCGCUUGCAGACUUGGGUGAAGAAGCUGGAGAGGAACGACAAGAAGCAAGCACUGAGGAUCCGAGCUCUGGAAGAGGGCUGGCAGGAGACGCAGCAAAAGCAGGAGGAGCAGCAGCUGGAGAGCCGCCUGUCCAACCUCACCCAGGAGCUUGAGAGGCACCGGGAGGACUUCCGGGACAUGGCUGUCCACCAGCAGAGCCUGCAGAAGACACUGCAGAGCCUGCAGGAUGCCCUCCGCAGCCAGGGAAGCAAGCUGGGCAGCAUUGAGCAGAGGCUGAACAGCUUUAAGCAGAAGGAGGCACUGCCCAGUCCUUGGACCGCAGCCCAUCGCUUCAGGCCGGAGAAAGCAUCGCAGGCGGCGGGAGGGCAGAGCCCCACCUUGAAGAAGCUGCGUGCCAAGCAUCGCCAGCCAGGGGGCCGCCUGGAAGCCCUGGCCGAGAGGGGCUCCCUUCUGAGCCAGGCGGCUUCCCCCCUGCAGGUGGAUCCGGGCCCAGCCUCUUCACCUGAGCAGCAGACCCUCGCAGAACAGUCCCCUGGCCCGGCCAAAGUCCCUGUGGAGGAGAAGCCUCCAGGAGGGCCUCGGAAGCCAGGGACAAGGUGCAACGUGGGCGCCAUGCUGGUCUUCCCCAACGCCUCCACUGAGAACUUCGCAGCCUUCCAGCCCAGCCUGCAGACUAGCUUGCUGGAGCUGAGCCUCUGCAGCUGGGUUAGGACCAGUGCCCGUUACCUGGGCACCAUCCUGUCUUACGCCACAGAGGAGAACGACAACAAGCUGGUGCUCCAUGGCAGGGAUGCUGCCCCCCGCAACUCCAUCCAUUUCGUGAUUGGAGACCCCGCUUUCCGGGAGCUGCCGGUGGGAGCCGUCUUGGAUGGCAGGUGGCACCAUGUCUGCGUCAUCUGGUCCUCCCUCCAGGGGCGCUACUGGUUCUACCUGGACCGAAGGCUGGCCUCCCUGGGCUCCAACUUUCGGAAGGGCUACGAGAUUCCAUCCCAAGGGUCACUCCUCCUCGGCCAGGAGCAAGACACGCUUGGUGGAGGGUUUGAAUCCUCUGAAUCAUUCGUGGGGCUCCUGGCAGGCUUCGCCAUGUGGGGCCGAGCACUGCUGCCUGGGGAGGUCUCCAGCAUCGCUCUUGGAGAAGGCCUGCCCCGUGGAACAGUGCUCACCUUGGCCAAUGUCUCCAUGCUCAGCGGUUCUGUGCAGAAGGUGGACUGCACCUGCCUUGAGCACUGCCUGUGACCCCCUCCCUGGAAGUCUCAGAGGUUGUUCGCCAUCCCCGCUUUGUGCCCCCCCCCCCCACUGGAUAUUUUCUAGAGAAAGGACCCUGCCGAAAGGACUGGGGUCAUCCUGAUGCCAGCAGCUGAAACCCCAAAGCUUCUCCAGUUCUCCCUUCGAAAAAUCUAUUCAAGCCCCAAAACAGGAUUGGCACCUCUGUAUAGUAUUUCCUGAUUAAUCCCAGGAUGGUCUUCAUCCCACCUGUUUCAGCUGGGGGAGUUUCCCCUGCUCUGCCUCACCUCAGGCCCUUUGACCCUGGAACUCAAGACUGACUGGCCUCUCUUCAGUAACUCAUGCCACCCAGCUGGGAGUUGGGUAGUGGGCCUGGGGCAGGAUGGCUGGCACAUUGGCCCAAGUCACUGAGCCAGCGCCCUCUGCUCAGACAGCAGCAUCAGGUGCCAGAUUACACCAACUGCACAACUGGGUCCAAGCAUUGCCGAUUUCUGGGAUAUUUGUGCAGAGGAAGGGACCUGUUCUUCAUUACUCUGCCUGGUGUCCAGAUUCUUCCUUCUGGCCUAGGGGAGGGUUGACAAAAAAAGAAAAAUCUUCAUGUGCCAUUUUCAUAAAAUUAUUUUUAAAAAAAACCAUGGUGGGUUUUGUUGUUAAAGUAUAUUAGUUUCCCCAAAGAUGAGGGUUCCUUCUUGCAUUUCGGAAGCCAAUUCUGGCUCCCUGCCUUUCUUAGCUUGUGUAAUGCAUUGGAGCAAAUAGUUUCAUUUCAUGGUUUUGACUUGCAACAAUAAAUAUUUAUUCAAGACCUUGGA